UGUUAGUUUUUAGCUAUAAAGUUCACAGUUUUAAUACUAUUUAAACAUUUAAAAUUUACACAAAAAACUGACUACCCUUGAAUUCAUAAUUUAGAAAUUGUAAUUAAUAAACUAAACGAAUGAUGGAGAAACUCGAAGAUAACUCUUCACGCUGUGGCGACUACAACAGCGUCAGCAGCUGCUGUAGCAGCAGCAGCAACCGCAACAACAACAACAGCACGGACACAUUCCCGAAUUUUUCUACCCUGGCCAUUCACUCCGGACAAGACCCCAAACAAUGGCACAGUAGGGCCGUCGUCCCCCCAAUAUCUCUCUCUACAACAUUCCAACAAGAUGAACCUGGAAUGGCUGGAGCUGAUGGAAUGGGAUUUUCCUACUCAAGAACUGGCAACCCGACCAGAAAAGCUGCUGAAGCAUGUUUAGCUGCCGUCGAAAACUGCAAACAUAGUUUCUUAUUUUCCAGUGGCAUGGCUGCCACAGUGACCAUGUUCCACACCUUGUCCAGUGGGGAUCACGUGAUCUGCGUUGAUGACGUAUACGGGGGAACGAAUAGAUAUUUAAAUCGCGUCCUAAUCAACAUGAAGAUUGAAACUACAUUUGUGGAUGCGACAGAUGCGGCUAACGUGUUGAAAGCUCUCAGAUCCAACACAAAAAUUGUUUGGCUGGAGACGCCAACGAACCCGAUGAUGAAGGUGGUAGAUAUUGAUGAGGUAGUCAAGUUGGUCCGGCAACAUCAAGAUGACGUCAUCGUCGUCGUCGACAACACUUUCAUGUCUUCCUACUUUCAGAGGCCGCUGGAUCUUGGCGCCGAUGUUUCCAUGCAAUCUCUCACGAAGUAUAUGAAUGGUCAUUCUGACGUGUUGAUGGGCUCUCUGUCGACGAACAACGAAGAAAUUGCCACCAAAAUUAAAUUUCUUCAAAAUGCUCUGGGGGCAGUACCUUCUCCCUUCGAUUGUUUUCUGUUGAACAGAGGUCUGAAGACCCUGGCCCUGCGCAUGAAGGGGCACAUGCAAAAUGGCCUUCAGAUCGCCAGGUACCUCGAAACAAAUCCCAGGGUUGAGAAAGUGUUACAUCCAGGGCUCUCUAGCCACCCACAGCACGAGAUAGCCAAGAAGCAGUGCAAAGGUUACAGUGGGAUGUUGUCCCUCUAUAUCAAGGGAGGGGAAGCUGAGGCUCGCGCCUUCUUAAAAAAUCUCAAACAUUUCUCAAUAGCUGAAAGUUUGGGCAGUUUUGAGAGUUUAGCCGAGUUACCAGCUUGUAUGACACACGCCAGUUUAUCUAGCGAAGAUCGAAUAAAAUUAGGGAUAACUGACAACCUGAUACGAAUGUCCAUUGGCUUGGAGAAUGUGGAUGACCUUAUUGGAGAUAUUGAAAGUGCCCUUCAAAUUUCCAUACCAACUGUUUAAAUAUGGCAGGGAAGUCAUGAUGUUACACUGUACGUGCAAACUCAUUGAUAAAUGUUUGGUGCCAAACUUAUAUUGCAAGUUAUGAAAACAAUUCUAUAGUGAAAUUAUUUCAGUUAAUUUUAAAAUAGUUGUGAAAAAAAAGAUGAAUGAAUGAAUGAAUGGACAAACAAACGAACGAACGAACGAACGAAUGAACGAACGAAUGAAUAAACGAAUGAACGAUUUAAUUAAUAAACACGCAACAAAGCUUAAA